CCUUGGCCUAAGUUCAUCGCGCGAACUCAAAUCGUAUUUAACUCCUUGAAAUUUAUAAGUGUUUAUAAUAUCAGUUUAUAAUUUCGUAUGACAGAUUGUUGACAUUAUGGAUUGUACGUGCGAUUUCAUUUUACCUACGCUCAAAAAUUGGGAGGAACACUACGAUAACUGCAAAAUUAGAUGGUUGUCUCGUGGAGAAACAAAAUUUAUCAAAAAUAAUGACGGGACAAUUAUAUUACGAAAUGAGCACGUGUUGAAGAUGAAAGUUGAUGUGUUAUAUCAUCUAGGGUUUGACACCCACACUCACGACUUGCCGUCGAUGUUCGGAGAUGUUAAGUUUGUGUGCAUGGGUGGAACUAAACAGAGGAUGAUGGAGAUGGCUAAAUACAUGAGUAAUUUGUUGGGCGUGGAAUGUGAUCUUGUCAACUUGGUAAAACAUGCUCACCGAUAUGCGAUGUACAAGGUUGGACCCGUACUCUGUGUUAGUCAUGGCAUCGGUAUACCUUCAUUGACGAUAGCUCUGGAAGAAGUUAUAAAGAUGUUGUAUUAUGCAAAAGCGAAAGACCCAAUAUUCAUCAGAAUUGGAACGAGCGGUGGAAUAGGUCUACCAGCAGGGUCUGUUGUUGUAUCCAGUUGGGGUUGCAGUGGAACUUUGGAGAAGACUUACGAAAUUGCUAUCUUAGGGAAAGUGAAAAAAUAUUCAGCUUAUUUCGACAAGCGAUUAAGUCAAGAACUUUUUUCAAUUUCAUCCGAUUGCGUAGAUUUUGAAACAUUCAGUGGAGGCACUUUGGCGGCAAAUGAUUUCUACAGGGGUGAGGCUAGAACAGAUGGUGCAUUCUGCAGCUAUACAGAAACAGACAAGUUAGACUUUCUAAGGAAAUUGAAAUCAAUGGGCGUCCUGAAUAUGGAAAUGGAAGCGACGGCCUUUGCUGCUGUCACCAGGGAUGCGGGGCUGAGAGGGGCUGAUGUUUGUGUUACGUUACUGGAUAGGCUGCAAGGAGAUCAGGUGACACCGAGUAAAGAAACUUUAACUGUCUGGCAAAGACGUCCUUUAGUCCUCGUGGGAAAAUAUAUAUGUAAAUAUUACAAUAUAUAAGGCGAAUAUUAUUUGUACCUGCAAACAUAACUAUCAGAUCUAUAUGAAUUCUCAACACAAAUUAUAGUCUUAUUAUAUUAAUUCAUGAUA